UUUCUUUUCACUUUAUUAUUAUGCUAUUAAUUCAUGUGUAGCUCCACCUUGAUUGCUUUAUUAGUUAUGAAUUUACAAUUUAACUUAUUAUUUAUGUUCUAUAAAUUCUUUGUUUUCCUUAAUUUGUUUUGCUUCAGCGAGUUUCUAGUAAAAUAUUUAGAGAAUUACUUCUAAGACUAGGAACUAUUUCCUAAGCUAACUACAAAGCUAUGAAAGUCCGUUUCAUAGCCCACGUUUCAUAGCCCAUGCCCCUUAUAUUUCAUAACACCCUUCUUCCUCUAUUCUUGUUAUCUUCACUUUGCGACCCCUUAUAAAUUUUCCUCUAAAAAAAUUUAAUAAUUAUCGAUUAGGUUUUGUGAUAUGCUAAAGGAUUGGAUGGAUCUACCGAGGUAUAGCGAAGAGUAUAUCAAUGGUGUUAUUAGUUUCUUAGAAUUUGCAUACUCUGAGGGAGAACCGGAUGGACAACAAAUUCAAUGUCCUUGUAAGAGGUGUUGUAACAUUGAGUGGUAUAGAAGAGAUGUGGUAUUUGACCAUUUAGUAGCCGAUGGGUUUGUUAAGGGAUAUAGAACAUGGAUUAAUCACGGGGAAUGGACAAUCCCGAUGGUGGUUGAUGAUGACACGGAUGAUGAAGGUGCACGUGAUGACAUCGAAGGACUGCUUAAUGAUGCAUUUGGAGAUCAUGCUGAGAGUGUUACUGUAGGUCCAAAUGAAGAGGCUAAAAAGUUUUAUAAUUUAAUAGAUGGGGCAAGUCAAGAGUUAUACCCGGGCUGCAAGAAAUUUUCUACAUUAUCUUUUACCAUCCGCCUGUACUUGUUAAAGUGUUUGCACGGUUGGAGCAAUGCCUCCUUCACUUCCCUUCUAGAGCUAUUGAAAGAGGCAAUGCCUGAAAUUAACAUACCUCCAUCUUUCCAUAAGACGAAGGCUAUGAUAAGAGAUUUAGGUCUGGAUUAUAAAAAAAUUGAUGCUUGUCCUAAUGAUUGCCUCCUGUAUAGGAAAGAACUAAAGGAUGAAACACAAUGUCGUGUGUGUGGAACAUCUCGAUAUACUGAAAAUUCUAGUGAUAAUAGCGAGAACCAACCUCACAAGAAAGGUCGUCCUAUUCCUGCAAAGACGCUGAGAUACUUUCCUAUAAUUCCAAGACUUCAGAGAUUAUUUAUGUGCUCAAAAACGGCAGCUAGUCUGAGGUGGCAUGAUGAGGAGCGCGUUAAAGAUGGGACGUUAAAGCAUCCUGCUGAUGGCCUGGCAUGGAAGAACUUUGAUGAAAUGAAUGAAGAUUUUGCAAAAGAAUCACGCAAUAUUAGACUAGGCUUGUCAAGUGAUGGGUUCAACCCAUUUCGUAGCAUGAAUAUUUCAUGGAGCACGUGGCCCGUAAUGUUGAUGGUAUACAACUUGCCCCCGUGGAUGUGCAUGAAACCUGAAUAUUGUAUGCUUUCUUUGCUUAUUCCUGGGCCACAAUCACCUGGCAAAGAUAUUGACGUGUAUCUACAACCAUUGAUAGAAGACUUGAAGUUGUUGUGGGAAAUAGGGGUGGAAACUUAUGAUGCAUCAAAGAAUGAGAAUUUUCAAAUGCGAGCAGCUCUUUUGUGGACAAUCAAUGAUUUUCCUGCGUAUGCUAUGUUGUCUGGGUGGAGUACAAAGGGAAAAUUGGCUUGCCCUUGUUGCAACAAAAAUACCUCUUCUUUACAACUAAAACAUAGUCGGAAGACAGUUUAUAUGGACCAUCGUGUCUUUUUACCCAUGGAUCAUCCAUGGAGAACCAAUACAAGGUCUUUUAAUGGGAAGCAAGAAUUAAGACCCCCUCCACCUGUUAUAGAAGGAACGGAAAUUUUUGAGAUGCUACAAAAUGUUGAGAAUGUUUUUGGGAAGAAGCAAAGUACAUCAAAUAGUUUCUUAUGGAAUUGGAAAAAAAGAUCAAUUUUCUUUGAAUUGCCUUACUGGCACAAGAACCCACUGCGUCACAACUUAGAUGUCAUGCACAUAGAGAAGAACAUACUUGACAGUAUAAUUGGAACCCUUUUGGAUAUCCCAGGCAAGACAAAGGAUCAUCUGAAUGCUCGAUAUGACUUAAAAGAUUUGGGGAUCUGGAAAAAUCUUCAACCAAAGGAGGUGAAUAAUGGCAAGAGAACAAAGUUGGCAAAGGCAUGCUUUUCUAUGACUGCUGCAGAGAAGUCAAUUUUUUGUGGUGUUUUGAAGACAACAAAACUACCUGAUGGUAGUGCUUCGAAUAUAUCACGGUGUGUACAUCUAGGAGAAAGAAAAAUUUCUGGGUAUAAGACCCAUGAUGCUCAUUUUUUGUUACACUACUUACUACCAGUACCGAUUAAAAGCAUCAUUCCUGAUCACGUGGCCAUUCCGUUGAUUCGACUAAGUUCCUUUUUUCGUCGCUUAUGCAAAAAGUUAAUCACACUGGAAGAGAUAGAUCGACUGGAGUUAGAGAUUGUGGAAACAUUAUGCCACCUUGAGAGGAUCUUUCCCCCUAGUUUUUUUGACAUAAUGGUUCAUCUUCCCAUUCAUUUAGCAAAUGAGGUGAGAUUGGGUGGUCCGGUACAGUUUCGUUGGAUGUAUCCUCCAGAAAGGUACAUGUGUACAUUAAAGUCGUAUGUACGCAACAAAAGUCGCCCCGAAGGUUCUAUUGCAGAGGCAUAUCUGGCUGAAGAGUGCUUAACUUUCUGCUCAAGAUACUUGCAUGGAGGUGUGCGAACAAGACUUAAUAAGCGACCUCGGAAUGAUGAUGAUCCUAAUGACGACGAAGUUUUGCCUUCAAAGUUGUUUUCUAACAAAGGUCGUUCGUUAGGCGUGGGAAAUGGAGAACCAAUUAAUCUCGAUGACAUAUCAACUUCUCAAGCCCAUGUGUAUGUAUUAUACAAUUGUUUCCACAUCGCAUGGGGCCAAUCAAUUUCGGAAGAGUACGAGUGGCUCUGCGCGCGACAAAGGAAACAAAUGAGGAACCAAAAAGGUUUGAAAUGUUCCUUGCUACUCGAACAAGUCGGAAAAGGAAGGAAAUUGAUCAGGAAACACAAGAUGCAAUUGAUGAAUUCCAAAACCGCCAAGCUGCUGGUGAAACAGAUGAGGAAGCUUUUGAGUCUUUAUUUGGAAAAGAACAACCAGGUCAGGUUAGGUGCUAUGGAAGAUCUGUUACACGAAGAGACUUAAAAAAGCAUGCAAAAAUUUUUGAACUCAAGCAGCAGCACCAAGAGGAAGUCACAUCUUUGAAGGCUGAACUUGGAGACAUGAAGGCCAACCAGCAGCACCAAGAGGCUGACCUUCAUGGAUUGCGAAACAUGAUUAAGUUACUAGUUCAACAAUCUGAACCUGGAAUGAGGCCGGAAGAAAUUGAAGCUUUGUUACAAAAUGCCCAACACUCUCCAAUUGAUGCGAAUAGCGCUCAUGGAUCAACACAUAUUCCAAACAUAAAUAUGGAUAAUUCUGAAGAUGCGAGUAAAGAUUGAGAUGCUUAUCAUGAUGGUUUAUUGACAAAGAUGAAAAUUGAAAGACGAUGUAUGGUUGAUGAUGAUGAUGUCUUUUAUUAGAAGCUAAGAUACAUUUAUAUGAUAUAAUAUUUUGGUUUUUUCUAGUUUAUUAGUACUAAACUCUAAGUGUAUUAUAUGAGUAUACUUAUUCUACUUUGAGAUGUAUGAAUACUCAAAAUUAUGAU